AUGGCGAUCCGUUAUCUCAAGAUGGAUGCUGCGACAGGUGCAAUGAUGGCAUUCUAUCUACUGGCAGGAAACGCCUUAGCCGACAAGAGACCCAAAGUAAUUGACAAGACGACAUGUGCGUCGGGACGUCUCGAUCUCUCGAUGAAGACAGAAGAACAGACACUAGUAUUUCAGUGCAAAAAGCCGUUCCCUCAUUUGGACCCGUCUGAAACAGAAUACGUCUUCAAGGAAGAGUCACAGCAACCCUCAGCAAAGGUUCUGCUCGACACGGUAAUUGUGAAGGCCACGCUUACCGCUGCUGCCAAUUCAGGGACGCACUACACUCUCAGAGUUCCGGACAGGCCAACAACUGACACUAAACUCGUCUACGUUUGUAGAAAACAGGCAGUGGAUAAAAAGGCGAAUAGGUCGCUCGCUAUCAAGUCUGAGCCUACGGCGAAGAAAAGUCCUAGGAACUGCACUGUCACUAUCACGGUAGUUGGCAAACCUGCCGACACUGAAGACGACCGCUCUCCUCCACCUGGCCCGGAAGACCAAAAUGAUGAUAAAACUUCAUCUGGCAAGACCUAUACGUGCGCUGAUGGCCACGACAUUAAAAUCACAGUCUCGAAACAGAACACGAACCUGAAGCUGAAGUGUCCUAGUUCACUCAUUUUUGAGCCCACGAAAGCUGCCGAAGUAUUUGAUGACGAGGACGGUGAAUGCAAGACUGCAAAAGCGCUAAGCGUUCUUGUCCCAGAGGUGGAAAGGCGAGACGAAAGCGGCGUGUUGACUUUGAAAAUUCCUCGUCUUCCUGCAGGGUCGAAGAAUACGGCUCUUUGCUAUCGCUGCCGAACUGCAUCCGCUGGGAGUCAGAGGGAGACUGAACAGGGGUGCGCAUUCCGGAUAUCGGUCGUAGCAGCUGAGUCCGCUGAUUCGAGAUUUCCUGGGUUAGAAACCAUCGGGGCUUUUUUUCUAUACAUCAUUGGAGCCGUAUUUGGUGCUGUGACAGCUGUCUCUCCAUGUUGA